UCUUCGCUCAGUUCCGAAAGCGGAGCCAGAGAGUUGAAAGCACGCUUGAAGCUCUCUCGGUCUCUCGGUACGCGCUCGGUUCGGAGCUAUGCUCCCUCGCGAUCAUUUGACACGUUUUUCAUCUCCAUGCUGACAUAUCCUCGAGCAACUCCUUAUAACCUAUCUUCUUGUUCGUCCUUCUCUCCUUUCAAGUGUUCAACGUUGGCUCGAGAGUGCUUCGUAAAUCGAGAUACCUUCUAGUUCUUCGUGUUACGACGAGAUUACGAAAGUAGUCUUUUUUUUCAAAAGGAAAUCUUUUCUUUGCAUUCGGUAAACAUUGGAACGAUUCUACUUUCUUACGGCGAGAUUCGGAGGAUUGAAUUUUUUCAAGUACCUACGUAUCCGCAGAAAAUAUAGUAGUCGAUAAACGCCGGAACGAAGUAAUAGCAUGUAGAAGAAGGGAGCAAUAAAAAAAGGGAAGAGAGAAGAUUCGUUUCUCGUUUACUUUUAGAAUCUUCGAAAGGGGUCGUUGGCACUGUGAAAGUUCGUGAAUGACGGUCGAUAAGGCGAACGUAUCGUGGAACUCCGAGAGGAAGAGGAAUUCGGAAAGGUGGAAUAACGUAUUACGAGGGGCAAGAGGUGGAGGACGAGGCGAAAUGCGAGCAAAACAUUGACGAGGAUCCUCAAUGUCGAGGAGCUCGACUCGUGCCGGUCAGUGAUGCCGCCAUUGAUGCAUCGAUGCUGACUUAUUCGACGUGUACGGUGCUCCAACGGAUUAUUCGACACGGAUGACAUUCGGACGUUCGCGUAGUAAUCGUGAUACUGUCGAUCAUUUCGUCUGAGAGAGAGAGAGAGAGAGAGAGAGAGAGAGAGAGAGAGAGAGAGAGAGAGAGAGAGAAAGAGAAAGAGAGGGAGAGAGAGAGAGAGAGAGAAAAAGGUGGUGGGUAGACUACUGCGAAGGGUGAAAAUUUAGCAGUGAUGCCGUGAUGGGCUGCAGCUCGAGAUCGUUCGUCUUGACCACGCUCUUCGUGGGUGGAUUACUUCUGGUCCUGCUCUUGAGCGAGAUAUCCGGUGCAACGCGCCUUAGACAACGUGCGGGCACCACGGAUUCUCCGAGAACCGGUUCCGGAAACGGAGCAAUCGUUUUGGCGCUUCGUGGUGGAAGACAAGAGAGUGGUCGAAGAGCACGAAGAACGACAACGUCGACAACGACGACGACGACAAGUACAACGAAGAGCACAACGACAUCGUCGUCGUCGACGUUGAUUUCCUUCGGCGAGGACGUCGCUCAGCCUGCAGCACUUUUAGCUCCCGAAGAAGAGACAUGGUCCGUUAGUUCCUCAACAACGAGCAAUCUUCCGUUUUCCUUUCCUUCGAGCGGCGUGUCCACGUCAUACGCGAGACCCGUUUCUACAAAACCGCAUUUAGAGCUCGUCGUAAAGCCACAUAGCAAGGUUAUUUUGCCUUGCGAACUCGAAGGGAAUUAUUCUAGGCUGCUUUUAUCAGGAUCAAGAAGUUACAGAAUACAUGGGAAUCCGGCUGUAUGGUUGCACGAAGGAAAUCCGGUGGACAUGCUCACGAUAAACACGAGAACGGAAAUGAGCGGAACUGGUCACAGAUACAUCGGUGAUUCUACUACAGCAGCUUUGCAUAUAGAUAAUGUCAGAUUGGAGGAUGACGGCAUGUGGGAGUGCACCUUGGAACACGAUCAAGAAGAGUUCCUUUUAGGGAGACCGAUCAAGCUUGUUGUUCUCGAAGCACCUCGGGGGACGUACCUGCUAAUAGAUGGGCGCAGACUGGAUCCAGGAAACCAGUUUGUGCCUGUUAAGGAAGGCUCCGAGCUGACAUUGGAAUGCGCCGCCGAGGGUGGAAACCCACCACCGGUUUUGGCAUGGGGCAUGAUCCUAUCCCAAGCCACUUUGGACGGUCCCGAACAACCACCGGAUAACCUCACAGUCUUACCUUCGACGUCCGCCAGACACAGUGGAGCUCACCUUAAAGUCUUGAGGGGUCACCACAAUGCCACCAUCGUUUGCGUGGCCCGUCACGUUACCCUUACUGUGCCGAUGAACGCCAGUAUUUUGUUAGACGUUCAAUAUACUCCAUCGUUCGCGAUAACGCGUUUACCUGGAUUUGGAAUUCCCAUCGUCGAGGGAAUGUCUGUCAGCCUAAAAUGCGAGGUGGACAGCAAUCCUGUGAGCACUCCGAUAUGGCAGCGGGACAAUGGACUACUUCCCGUCGAGCAGAGCGAUGACGGAUGGUUGAACUUUACAAAAAUCACUCGUGCCGAGAGCGGCUGGUACAAAUGUUACACUCGGCACAUGCUCGGAAUUUUCACCAGUAUUGGUUAUUUUCUGAAUGUUCGCUAUGAUCCAGAUAUGGAGACCGAGGCAGAGGCAUUGAACGGAGAAGCUACCGAUUCAAGGAGAAUGGAGGUGCAGAUUGGCGGGGCGGUGACUCUCGAGUGUGACGGCGGAUGUUGGGGUCACGGACCUGGAAUGGAUCCAGUAGGUGGACCAGGGCCUCUUGCUUUGAGCCGGGUCGUCUAUCAGGAAGCAGGAGAGUACAGAUGCGUUGCUCCUGAUCGAAAAAUGCAGGACACGUGGAGGGCUCAGUUACCUUACCAUAUUAAGGUCACCGGACGACCCAUGGUUUAUCCACCCAAUCAAACGGUGACAGCAAACGAGGGCGAACCCUUGGAUGUCAUCGUCGAGUUUUGUGCAGAGCCCAGUUAUACACGAGUUUUUUGGAUGUCCGAACAGCAAGUUUACAUACCCGGUGCUCCCUCUCGGGAAGGAAUACAAGCUCUUGACAUUGAGAACGGUGGUACCGAGACGUGCUACAGGGCGAUUUUACGCUUCGAAACGAUUCAGUGGUCCCAUGCUGGUGAAUGGUUGCUGCUGGUACGCUCGUCGAAAGGGAUCGCGGACGCUUCCGUUUUACUCAACGUGACGCGUGCUUCCGGAUACAGCCACGCCCACCUCCGUUCGAUGGCUCCAGCGACUCUCCUUCUCUGCCUGACCUUGGCCAUUAUACAACAGCAGCAUCCACGCUGAACCAUACCGUUCUACGGAUCUUUGGAAAAAGUUUCGAGGGGGAUGAAAGUGGUGAAAAGGGUAGUAGAGAGGGUAGGAUGGCGAGGGAAAAGGGGGAGGAAAGAAGAAAAAGAGUAUAAGAGUUCUACUGCCUCGAGAGGAAGCGAUACGAAGGAGAGGAAGAGAAAACGUUCAAACUUUCGACGUAAACUUUGUAAAUAAAUAUCGAAGUUCGUGCGAGAACCGAAUCGAUCGUAGAUCGAAGAACAUCGAUCUGUUCGCAAAGUCCUAAGAAAACGACGAUAAUAACGCAUUUUAUCCUGCCCUAAUCGACGAAUCCCUUGCGAAACAUUUUACGGACCACCAUCGUUUCUCCGAUAAGUAUGGAAGGUACCCCACGAGGAAAGCAUAAUUUUUCUUUCUUCAAGAGGUAUCAAUUAGCAUUUAAUAAAAGAGUGUGUAUGUAUAUAUAUAUAUAUAUAUAUAUAUAUAUAUAUAUAUAUAUGUAUGUAUGUAUGUAUGUAUGUAUGUAUGUAUGUACGUAUGUACGUAUGUAUGUAUGUACGUACGCAGAAAGCGUGUGUAAUUCGUAUUACAUGCCUAUGUAAUAUAUACAUAAUGAUAAUAAUAACAUUAACGAUAAUAUGGAUAAAAGAUAAUACACGAUACAUUAUUGAACGAUAUGUGUUACAUAUUGAGUAACGAUACGUAUUACAUGGAUUCGCAUAUGUUAUUAUGGAAAAGUGAUAAACGUUAUCGGUAAAGUUCCGUGAACGUUUAUGAAGAAUUUGUUGAGAGAAUUGGAAAUUUUUUGUUUGUUUGUUUAUUUGUUUGUUCGUUUGUUUAUUUGUUUUUAGGGCAAGAUCGAGCGUAUAAAAACUAUAUGUAUAUAUUUGUAUAGAUCAGUUUUAAGGGAGCAUGCACAGCGUAUACUUAUUCUCAAAUGGGUAAAGAUAAGGGUAAAGCGCGAGAUAAUAGGAUUCAGACGAGGCGACGACCAAUUACGUUCGUUUCGAGCUUUUUCCAAAGCGACGAACGUCGCGUACCGUCCGUCAAAUGCGGCCGAGCGACUCGUCGUAAAAAAGCCGGGUAAACUCGGCGAUGCGUAAACUCUCAUUUUCAUCGCUGAAUAUCCCCGUCGAGAUUAAACGUAAAAGAUUUAGCUAUGGAGAAACAAAAAACAAUUAAGAACUAACGCGUUAUGUAUUACAGCGAAGAUAAAUAGGUAAAAGAUCGAAAUAAAAAAAUAAAAAAUUGUUGUAUAUUAUUUUUAGGUAAUUACCUAGAAUAAGUUUAAGAAUCAAUAGAGUGUAUAUAGUGAUUGUAAAUGCAUAUAGGGUGCCGUACGAUGUGCCGUACGAACGAAUUAUACAGUGACGCUGUUAGAGAUAUAUUUAUUAUUCGUUGAUAUAUUUUUAUAAAGUUUUAUUUAGCCAUAAGUUAUCGUUCGCCUAUCCCUUCCCGAUACAUCGUGGCACGCGCCAUCGUUCGUUCGUUCGUUCGUUCGUUCGUUCGUUCGUUCGUUCGUACGUUCGUUCGUUUUUAUUCAUAGAGAAAGUAAUAGAAGCUAAAUUGGGAUGGAAGAGAGGAAAAGCGACGGCCAUUUUCGAUUUAGAAGUUUUCUCCGUAAGAGAAAAACGUUUAUCUACGCGUUAAAACGUAGUGUCACCCAGUCGACUCUCAUCCUCCGAAUGGACAAUUCUAAAUCGAAGUUAACGAUAGUUACCGUUACUGCAGAACCGUGUAACAUUGUCGUUACCAUUGUUUGAUCUCUUCUACUAGUAUAGUAGUAAAAGUUUGGCGUAACUCCCUCGCCGUUCGGUCCAUUCUUCGCUCUCUUCCUCUCUCUCUCUCACUCUCUCUCUCUCUCUCUCUUUCUUUCUCUCUUUCAUUUUCCAAUUCUCUCUUCAAUCCUCUCUCUUCCUCUCAUUCGCUUUUUAAACCUUUCUCUCUCUCUCCCUUCCUCCUUUCUCUCGAAUUCGUUCGCUUCGUUACGCGAAUUUUCCGUGAGUUCUGCGGUUCUUAAUUUUUAAAAGUGCAUAUAUAUAUAUAUAUGUGUGUACAUAUAUAUAUAUAUAUAUAUAUAUAUAUAUAUAUAUAUGUGUAUACACAUAUAUAGUUCACCAAGGGAUAUUUAAUUCCAUUCGCGAAACAGAAAAUUUGCGCGAUAGCCGGACACGGUGUCGGUGUAUACCUAUAGAUAAAAUGAAAUACCUGAUGUCUUUAAUUUUUUCCUUUCCUUUUUCCUUUUCUAAUUUUAAACGACGAAACACAAUUUCAUUAUUGCGUAAGGUGUUCUAAGUAAGCAACGUGAUGUAAUCGUUGUACUCAAUGACGCCUAAAAGUCCAAUAAAUGAUAUUUACAAUACA